AUGGUGCUUAACCUUGUCCAGCUUGGAGAAAGCCUCGUUUUUGAAACAGGUCAAGAUGUGAUGGCAGGCAACGGUGUAGUAUUGUUUGGAAUGAGCCCUGGAAAUCCAUACUUCAAAUCCCACGUUAUUGAGGACUAUGUGCAAUACUUGGGAAAGGACAAAAGAAGAAUAAUUGUGGUUGUACCACAGCAGCCAGCUGAACAUACGUACAGAGCUCUGGGGAGUAAAGAUGCUGUGAAACGAGCCAAGAAAAACUCCAGUCAGCUCAAGUCGCAUUGCAGAAGAGCUAUUGAUAAGGUAUGUACAGAAAAAAAUAUAAUACUGUCACUGAUUAAUUCUUGAUACUUUAAGAAAGCUUCAAAAAGUACGGUUAAAUAUCCACCACAACAUUUUUUUAUUUAUUUUGUUUGUAUUCUAUAAAACUGACACGCACUCGCUCUCUUUCAUAAGCUGGAGACAAGCUAAAAUUGCAUUUAAUUUUUUUUUCAUCCGACCUCCUCACUGUGAGCUGUGGGUGUCAUUCGCGAAACACGUUUAUUAGUAACAACCGGACAUGCACUAUUUUGACACUCCCCAAUUGUGCGCAUGCGUGAGUGACGUCACUGACCUGCUUUUUCCUAGUUCAGUAAAAACCGUAAUAACUAAUGAGGCUAAUUUCGCAACUUUGGUUAAUCUUGUGUGUAUUACGUACAUGUCGAAAGUAUGUUGUGUGCUUUUAUGUAGAGACGCGCUAAAUUUCACAGAGAACUAACAGAAAUCUAACGGAGUAUUUCCCGGAAAUAGUAAUAGGUUUAAAAUUAUGGUGAAUAGUAAAUGAUAUUUUAAAAUUGGCCAGAAAUACAACUUUUAUUGACUUUCAGUAUUAAAAAAUGAUUUAAUAAAUAACGAUAAUAAAAGUAAAGGAAACAUUAUAAGGUUUCUAACCAGCCCGUAAUAAAUUAAACGCAAGAAAACUUGGAUUUAAAACAAAUUAGAAACUAACGAUUCCCAGCCCCGCCUGAGAAACCGGAAACCGCGCUAGAAAAGUCUCUGGCACCUGAGGGUAGCCCCCUGUCUGGAGUGGUAUAAAGUAGUUUUAUCAUCUACAAAACUGAUCUCUCCCUAAGUUAGAUAAGGGGAGUGGAGGGGGAGUAGACUACGAGUAGUCCCCCAUUUUUCCUCAGGGAUAGUAGAGCGAGAGAAACACGAGCGCGCGUGAAAAUCACUCCACGCGAGAAAAGGCGACACACGGUGGCGAGAGAGAAAAAUGAGAAAAAUUUCUCUCUCCCCGCCGCGUGCCGCCUUUUCUCGCGUGGGGUGAUUUUCACGCGCCCUCGCGUUUCGCUCGCUCUACUAUCCCUGAGGAAAAAUGGGGGACUACUCUUAGUCUACGGGGGGAGGAGCUAAACUAAUGUUCCAACUUUUUUCACGAUUCAAAGAUUAACGUGUCGACCUGUGGCCGGCAUGAAGCAUCUCCGCCUCACGCAAGGAAAAAAAAAACACUCUGUACCCACGGUUAGAGAAAUAAUAAUUUUACGGCUUUUCAUUAUUCAGUAUGGAUUAAAUCAUUAUUUUCUACCGCUGUACAGGUGUCCAAGACUGAUGAUGUUGCUGGGGAGUUUUAUAUGUUGGACUGGACUUCAGAAGUAGACAAACAUGAAGCUUACAUUGCAGCCUUGGACUAUAUCAUCAGUUUUUACAAAAGUAACUCUUACUUUCGCCAGGACGUCGCACGAUCGACCGCAAAAGUGUUAGGAAAAGAUUCUACAUCAUCUGAGAGUGAAUCAGGUAAGCAAGUGAAGGAGGAUAUCAGUGUUUUAAAAGUUGAAUUAUCUAAACUUUUUCGAUUUCUAUUUCUUGAGUUGUCUUAUCACUUCGCGGUCAAUGGACUUUGAAACACGGAUCCGUUUCCGUUUAAACCAAAUCUACGGUUUAAAACUUGUUGCGUAUCGUUGUCGCGGCUUCGACGCACAAUUUUCCAGGAUUCAGGACUAAAGAAAUAAAAAAGUUGAGCCAACCGGUGUACAAACUAUGUUAAGAGCAUGAAAAGUGGUGGACAUUCCCGCCACAUGAGUAGAUCUCCGUAAUUUAAGCAUUUUUUGUUUUUGUGCAUCUGUUUUCUUCCGUUUUUGUCCAGCCAUAAAAUCUCGUCAUUUCUUGCUAUCGUUCGGUUGUCUGCCCAGUUUAUUUGAUUUCUAUGCAUGACCCCAAAAACGGGGGAGGGGAGAGGCGGAGAUAAACUCAGUACAUGUACCAAGAAUUUUGCCUUUCGUUGCAUAACGCUUUAAAUACUCUCCCGGUGGGGUACGCAACAACGUUUUAUACGGGUAGGCUCCAAACCCUUACCCUUAAAUAUACUAUUUCUGACAAAAAAGGUACCCCUUUUGUAUACCUUUUAUUGACAAAUGCUACCUCUUUCACAUACCUGUAGUUAACACCUUUGCAGAUUGAACCUCCCCUCAAAGGCCUGGUCGUUGUAGACAGAUGGAAGUUGUGAAGAGGUGGCCGCUAGUAGAGGUUGGACUGUAAAUUACAAAUGUAGAAUGUUCUCUCGACUUUUUUACAGCCAUAAAAUGAGCCCGUUAGCCCUUUUGGGGCUUUUUACAAACUGAAAUGACAGAUUUCCCUACCCUUUUAUAUACUUCAACUUGUGAAUUCCUUACCCCUUUAUAUACCUGAAGCCUGAAUAAGGUACCCCUUUGGGCGGAGCCUCCCAGUAUUCCAUUAUAGGAUGUACCCCUCCCCGGUAUACUAUUCCAUGAAGUCUGACCAAGUCUUAUUUUAAACUUUAGAAUCCUCAGAUUCUGAGCUUGAAGUUAACGAAAGUGUGCAAGAAGGAGUUUACUACCUCCUGAAAGAACUAGCCUUCAUUAUCUCCAGCAAAGAGAUGUUCAGAACCGAAAGCGUGGCAGUUAUUUAUCAUCGCAGCUGGCCUGUCUAUGAGAAAUUUGUAAACGGAGAUUAUGAUGGAAAGCCAAAAGAAGGAUUGGGACUUGCAAUCAUCAACUAUGAUCUGUAA